UAUUCUCUUCCAUACGUUGCUGUUAGUAACGUAUUCGUGCUUAUUGGUCUAUAAUUAAAUUUGAAAAAAAAAGUUCACUAAGAGAUUAAGUGUGUUAUAGGAAACACAAGAAGUUGUACCAACUGGCCAAACACGACACUUUCUUGUUAUUCUGUUGCUUCUCAGACUUGACUCGUUUUGCUCGUUUUUAUUCAAGAUGUAAGCAAGUCUGGGUUUUCUGUGGGUUCAUCAUUAUCACUGAUGUAAGUAAAUCUGGGUUUUCUGUGGGUUCGUCAUUAUCACUGAUGUAAGUAAAUCUGGGUUUUCUGUGGGUUCAUCAUUAUCACUGAUGUAAGUAAAUCUGGGUUUUCUGUGGGUUCGUCAUUAUCACUGAUGUAAGUAAAUCUGGGUUUUCUGUGGGUUCGUCAUUAUUAUAUAUGAAAGUUAUUCUGGGUUUUCUUAUGGCUCGUUAUCAUUGCAUCCCCUAAACAUUCUUGGUAAUCUUGUGGCUAGAUAUCAUGUCAUAUCUAAAUCCUUAUUGGUUUUGUUGAUGCAAGUAAUUUAACUUUCUUUAUGAUUCUGGAUCUUUUUGGGGGAACAUUAAUUUAGUAGUCUCAAAUACUAUUGGAUAUUUCUGGCUCAGAGUAAUAGAAGGACACAGCUAUGGCCAAUCAGACUCAAAACCCUUCUAAUCAGUGCUGCUCGCUGAGAUUCUCCUAUAAUUCCAACAGUUUGUUUUGAGCCGCUAACCUCCUAUGGUACGCAUGAAAUCUUCUGUUGGAGCUAGUUCGUGUUUGAAUGUCAUGAUUGUGUGUCUCGAACAAGUCAAUGCCUCAGCUAAUGUGUUUCUCUAUUAGGAAUGGAACUGAUCCACCACAAGAUGGGCCUUCAAUGUUUAUCUCAUCGCCAUGGAAACCACGCCAGUUUCUAUUUUAAUCUCCAAGCAGGACACGACGAGAUGUCAAAGUUGAAACACAAUGAGCACUUUGUUGUCUACUUGUCAGGAGGCGCCGACACAUGGCGCCCUACUCUUGCCGCUCACGAUGAUACAUACAUUUUUAAAAAAUAAGAAACUACUUUUAUUUUUCAUACUAGAUACUUUCUCACUGUAGCAAAUGUCUUUGCUAAACUUGACGCAUAGAGAAUAAAACCUUAAAACUAAAAUGUCACUUUAACCUCAAACUUCUUGUAUUCGUUUCCUAAUGAGUUAUUUUUUUUUACAUGUAUAUUUUAUUUAUUUGUUAAUUGGGGAGGGGACAAAGGUCACGUGUGGUGUUAAUGGCGUAAAGGUAGGGUUACCAGAUACAAGCUCACCCAGAGGAGGACAAAGCCUUACAAAGGUGGACACACACACACACACACAAAGUCUAAGUAAACUUAACAUUGUAUUUAAAGAAACAUUUCAGCCAAUCAAAGGCUGAAGAACUUAACUCAAUAUAGUAGUGUAUUUCUCAGACACUUCUUUCCCCAGUACUACGUCAUUAGUGCAAAUGUGGAACUCUAUGCACGACAUUUUGUUUGUUCAGAUUGUACAUUGUACGAUGGUUAACGGAGGUGUCAUGUGGCUAGCAUAACGACCAACGGCUUUUAUUUUCCACUACUAAUGUCAGGUGAGUUUGGUGGACUCUUCAGGGGUGUCCUGAAAAUCAUAAAGUUCAAAAUUCCAGUCUUCAUCGAGAUUCAAACCUGUGACUCCUCGAUUCGGAAGUCAAGCGCUUGACCAUUCAGCCAUCACGCGGGGAAUUGAGUUCAUAAAAAAGUAUCAUUGAGAAAAGAAAUACUAGUGCGAGGUAUUGGAACUAUAAGUCUAGACAAUAAGUUCAAUGAGCGGGGAGCGUCGUUUUGUUUCCUUCUCUUUCAAAGAUCAAGAAACAACGUUUCAUUCUGUUUUCUGGAAUGGGAUGGUGCUUAUUACAGGUGCUUUCAAACUGCUACAACUACUAAGAAUCGACGCACAGAAUAGUUCUUACUUAAUGUUGUUGUUCCAUCCUUGUAGUCAGUCGUAUCCUGUUUGUUUAUCAACUUCUAAGUUUGAAAUCCUGGUCGGCAAGAGACAACAAAACAACAUUUGUCAAUAGAUUGUGUAGAGUCCACGCUGGCUGUGUAGACAGUUAGGCUUUGAAUGUUCUGUUUUAGGGGGAGCUGAGAAUGCGCAUGUCUGCACUAGUACACCCCCCCCCUUCACCGUCCUAACCGUUAAUUCGAUACAUUUUUUUUUUAGGGUUUCUCAUUAAAGUUGAACUUGAAACUAUUGACCCUUUGAUUGCCAGAACUAAAGGAAGAAAUAAUGACAUUGAUGGAGAUGAACACUCUGAAAUGUUUUGAUAAAAGUGCGUUAGGUUGAUCUACAGAAACAUCCAUUCUACUUUCAAAGCGAGCACAAAGAGAAAAAAGUAAAGGCCGGCCAAUGAAAGACAUGAUUAGGAGCUCACCUUGAGCUUCUAAGGGUAAUUGCCGACAUUCGUAUAGGGGUCGGGCUGUCAAUUAAUUAAACGCCAAUAGCUCAAAUCUAAUUGGCCCUUACUGAGUAUGUUUAUAAGGUAGUUUAGAUCUAAAGUCUUAGCCAAUAAAAUAGAAGUAAAACAGUUUGAUAGUUUAAUCACCCUGUAGAAUAAGUGAACUGACUCUUUUGGUGGGCAGCCAGCAAUCCCCAAUCUGUCUAGUUGGAGGACAUGUUGCCUGAUCAUUUCUCUGUAUUUGUUUGACUUUGUGUGGCUCUGCCUGUGUCAUGGGGGAGAAUGAGAAGCUGAAUCUACUUGAAGUUCUGCGUGUUUUCGUUUCUUUGGUAAACAGAUUGCUGAGACAUUUAUCAAGGUUGUUGGAUGCUCAAUGCAGGGCAGGACAACUGUGCAUCCAGCACCUGUAUGGCCACCAAUGAUAAAAAGCACAGCUUCUUCUGUUGCUGCUUUGGGGAUAUGUGCAAUAGCAAGUUUUACAUUAACAACAGUACUCUAGAGACUGCCAACACCACAGGGGCAGCUUAUCCUACCACAUUAUCUGCUGCUUCCUCUUCAGUUCCUGCUGAUCUUAGCUACAAGAUGAAGACAAUAGUUGUAGCUUUGGUGUCUGUGGCGGCUGUAUCUCUAGUCAUUGCUUGCACCUAUUUGGUCUAUAGAGUGUACCUGACACCCAAAUCCACCAGCCCCCCUUCCUCAUCUGUAACAAGGGUAGAAAGUGAGCAUGAAGCUGCAUUGACCCAGUUUGACCUUGAGGACUUGAAGAUAGAGGAUGUCCUCAUCCAAGGUCGAUACAGUGAGGUCAGGAGAGGCUGGUUAGGGGAUAAAGAGGUGGCCAUCAAGAUCUACCAACCACACCACAGACAGUAUUACUAUAAUGAAAGAACAGCAUACUACCAACCUUUUAUGGACCAUGAUAAUGUGGUGAAGUUCUAUGGUGCCAAGGAGCAGGAGGAGGCAACUCUACAUGUCAUGCAGUACCUGAUAGUCACAGAGUACAUUUCUCUUGGCACAUUGACAAGCUACCUGAAGCACAACACAGUAGACUGGUACACAUUGUGUCACAUGUGUCAAGGGGUAGCCAGAGGCCUGGCUCAUAUUCACACAGACAUCCAGAAAGGGGACCUGUUCAAACCAGCCAUGGCUCAUAGAGAUGUGAACACCAGAAACAUUUUGGUCAAACCUGACUUGAGCUGUGUCCUUGCAGACUUUGGUUUUGCUGUGGGGAUGAUGGGGUCCAAGAUAAUCAAAAAUGGUGUGGCAGAGAAUGCAGAACAAGCAUCACUUGCUGAUGUGGGGACACUGAGGUACAUGGCACCAGAAGUAUUUGAUGGAGCAGUUAAUCUCAGGGACUGUGAGGCCUCUUUGAAACAGAUUGACGUCUAUGCUCUAGGUCUAGUCUUGUGGGAGAUAGCUUCAAGAUGUGUUGAUCUGUAUCAAGGUGCUCCUGUACCAGAGUACCAUCUUCCAUUCCAGCAAGAAGCUGGCAUUCACCCAACCUUUGAAGAGAUGCAAGUCCUUGUAGUCAAGUACAAAACAAGGCCUAAGUUACCUGAAGUUUGGAAACAUUCAAAUCCAGCUGUUCAUUCAUUGAAGGAAACCAUUGAAGACUGCUGGGAUACUGAUGCUGAAGCCAGGCUAACUGCUUUAUGUGUUCAAGAACGUUUGUCAGAUAUGGCUGCAUUGUGGGUCCAAGGGAACAAACAGAGAGGAGUCACACCCACACUUAAUGCCACUAUGAAUCUUCCAGAAGUUUAUUCAGGGAAUAACCCCAACUUAGUGCCACCCUAUGUGAAUGUAAACAAUGAAACUAAUGCUUACCGGGGCUCAGAUAGUCAGGCACCAGUCACUUCAAGUGGCAUUGCAUUGCAGGUAGGAGAGCAGGAAGAAACAUACACUGAUGGCAUCACAGCACCAUUGAUUACUAAUGUUGGCCAUCUUAGUGCCAGUGGCAGCAGUGAGAUGGUAGAUGGUCGUGUUAGAUCCUGGCUUCAAGACCAGAGUGUAUCAGAGUCGACAGUGGAUACCAUUCUCCCAGCAACCCCCUCACAUGAUGAGACUGCUCCAGUUGCUGCUAGUGUUCCAUUAAAAGCUAACAAUGUCAUGCUGGCCAUGAACAAAGCUGUCAUCUCUCAUCCCAAUCAGGGCAGAAAUCCAACUGCUGAGCGCAACACUCAUAAACGAAGUGACGAGGAGCUCACAGUCUCUGGUAACCGGCUGCUGGCUCCUGGAGACCAAGACACAGGCACCACUAGUUCAUCCAGAGAAAGGCGGGGUUCCCUGGACACACAGAGUGCACUCUUGAACCACAACGCUGGUGGACAUAGUUUUGAUGGCGUAGACACAGUUGAAUCUUCAUCUCUCGUUCAAAACGAUGUUCUGAGUCAGCAUAGAAAUAACCCGAUCCCUUACUUACAAAACCAGGUUCACAAUGAUGGUGCUGCUCUAGUAUCUGCUGCCCCUAGCUUGACGCGGCCUAAGCUGUCUAACAUUAGCAGCAACAGAAGCUUUUAUUUGCGCCUCCAUGGGGAAGACCCUAGUAUUAAUCAGAGAAACACAGAGGAGGGGCUACAUUCAAAGUCAUUGAAGCAGAAACUGAGUAAGCUGAUCCAGCCAAUGGGAUUAGGUCACAAGUUUUCCAAACUUAUGUUUGGUGGGAAGAACAAGAAAAAAUAUAACCUGGGCAGUGGUGAGGUAGAGACCCCCUGUUCCCUUAAAUCUUCUGGCAAUUAUGUCCCCAACGGAUGUCUGGGUGGUACAAACAGCAGUGUAGCACCAGGGUCACUAAAUAUUCAAGUAGAGAUGGUCAAUGGAAUAGCUGUGACUAGGACCUGCAAUGACACCCUCACUUAUCCAUUGCAUUCUAACAUCACGUCUGAAGCACAGGCCAGGCUGUUUGCCACCAACGCCAUGAGGCUUGGAGUCCUUGCAAAUGAUGACCUCCCGUCUCCGUCCCUUUUCCCUAAAGGCAACACAAGCUCAGUGUCCAAUGAUUCCAGGGACCAAGAGACAGUACUUUCCUUACAGAACUUGUCAUCAAAUAGAGACUAUGGUUCCAUGCUUUCUGUGGCACUCCCCUCAACUUGUGCGCCUGAUGGGCAAUCAGACACCUCUGCUAAACGCUCAUCUACCUCUAGUCUCACAUCAUCAGACCAUAGAUCUAGUUCUCAUCCACACUAUUCAGACCUGGCUUACCCACCUGCAUCACAGCAUGACGCUGCCAACUUGUCAAAAAUUUUCUUGGAUUCCCUUAACAGUGUAGAGACAGGUUUAGCUGUGCACUCCCCACAGAAUAGAACAAUAUCUCCUAUCAACAUUAAUGUUUCCCAAGUAAGUGCUGCUAAAAUGCCAAGAAAGAAAAACAUAUUCAGCAAUUUGCCAGGAACUGCAUCUAGUCAAAUUCCACAGGGUAAAUUUAGCCAAGACAAUAACUUGCCAGACACCAAGGGAGGCAAUGCUAUCAUGUCCGUUGUGCCUAUCUGUGAUAAAAGUCUUUCAAGAAGCCCUCAUUCAGCACUGCCAGACCAGGUAGCAUGUAAAAAAACAUUGUCCACUGUGUCACAGCCACAGGAGAAAACUGGAAGAGAUAUUGAGAGAAAUGAGUUGAGAAAACACUCACCAUUAGCCAAGUUAUCCCAGUCCCAGAGUGUGACAGACCUAGACAGGCACCAGCACAGCAGUUUAAAUGACUUUCAGGACAUUGGCAAAAUUUGUGAUGAAACAAAUGGAAAUCACAGGCCAAGGCCAAAGUCCUUGUCUUUAAAAGGUCACAAUUACAAUCACAUCAAAAAGGAUACUGCUGUGCCCAUUCCUGCUGGCUGCUCUGUCAUCAUGGCCCCUGUGGCCACAAAACCAUCCAGCAGUGGCCCAAGUAAAUUGGGAGAGAAUGGGACCUUGCCUGUAGUAGUGCCGAACAUUACAUUAAACAAGAGUUGUCUGCCUUUUCUGUCUGCUGAUGUGGAUAAGCAGCGGUUGAUAAAUUCUUCACAGAAUGUGGCUGUUGGCUCACUACGCAGCACAUUGCCUACUGCUGGUAGUAAUGGCUUUAAAGAAGGAACAGCUUGGGAUACCUGCAAUGGUCAUGUUAACGCAGUAGUGUCCGAUGAUAAGAAAAAUCUUAUUGUACAUAGUCAUUCAGAUUCCAGUGAAAAAAUUAGGCGCCGGAUCAAAACCCCAGUCUCUUUUAAAAAAGGCCGUCUUUCUUUGUAUGAUGAUCGCCUUAUGAGUCAAAGUUUAGGAGCGGAAUCUCUAAUUGGAGUCCUAACCGACCAGACUCCAGAAACAUGUGAGCAGAGAAACAUUACAGCAUUAGGCAGUGAUUCAUUUCAAGUAGGCUCAGGUUUCAAAGACUAUAACAAAAUGAUUCAGAGCGAUUCAAACCUUGUUUUGUAAAAUCCUAUUCAGAUGUUAGGAUUUUAACCUCUUAAAAGAGACAGUGAUUCUGUGUAACACAGUGAAACCACCAGCUCACUUUUUACUUCUCUGAACAGGAAGUAUUAGCAACAUCUAGUUGAUGGACUUGUACUGGAGAACAGUUUUGUUUCAUGUAGUUGUUGAUAACUAUGCUGUCAUGGCAACAAGCCUAGACCUUGCAACAUUGUACUUAUUGAUACUAUACACAAUCAAAUUGUCUUUCUAAAGAAAAAAAAAUCCUAAAUUUUCUGUGUGGGUUCUGUAUGCACUGUUAAUUUAAUUGUUUGGAUAUUACCCCAAUAUUGUCAUUAUAUCAAAUGUCAUGUUAAUGAAAGGUGUGUUUUGUAAGGGCAAGUAUGUUUGGGAUUGUAUCACAACACAAUGGUCAUGUAACAUUGGCAACAUUUGUGUUUUUUGUGCUGGGGUUUGAAUGUUAAAUUUUGUUGCAAUUUGUUUGAACUCAUGACAAGUAUUCCAUAAUAUUUUAUUGUUGUUAGCCGGCUAAUUGUAUUGUGUACUCAUGUGCUGUUAGCUGGCUAAUUGCUUUGUCUACUCAUGCUUUUAGCUGGCUAAUUGGUUGGUUGCUGUUAUGGAUGAAAUGACAUCACUUUCACAUUGUGUGUGUGUGUCAGCAUGUGUGGAUAAGGAAACAAAUGUCCUAGUGCUAGAGAAUCACUCAUCUGAGUGUGGCUGUGAUCUUAGGUAACAAGACUAAUUUUUAACAAUUUUUGAAUGAUUGAUUAUUAAAUGUGUGGGCAUCUAGUGUGUCCAUUGAGUCAUACCAUCCCAUCCAUCAUUUUCAACAUAACCUCUUACACAAUCAGUGACCAUGUUUUCCCCUAAAGUUUUCAAAACACAUUUUCAUAUGGACUUGUUAAAAGCUUUUGAUUCUCACAGAAGUUUUUUGUGCAACUUUGAUCUUCUUCAAUGUCAAGUUCUGAGAAUCAAUUUUGUAAACCACAAACUAGUCUUAAGGCUAUGAUUUUUGUUGCUAUUCUUUGUUUUACAUUUUCUGCAGAAUUUGUUAUAAAAACAUUUGAACAGUUGAUAUGUUCUUCAACUUCACUAUGUUUAUUUGUCAUAUGGCUAGACUUAGACUUUCAAGUUGAAACUUUCCUGUUAUGUUUAGGGGACAAUGUUUGUUCUAAGUGAGUGUCAUUUGGCUGUAUUUUUUUUAAUGUCUCUACACCAAUUAUUUACUUUAAAAAUAUACACAGAUUUUUAGAAUCUUUGUUUCUUUGUUUUAAUCCUAUCUACUGGACAAUUUUUCAUUGUAGGGUAGAAAAUUGUUUUCUAAGUUCAUUUCUGUAGCACUUAUGUGUUUGUAUUGUGUAAAUAAGACAAACAGUAAGUAGAGUUUCUAGAAGGACAAUGUGUAUAUAAAUUAGGCAGUUUUAAGACUUCAUUUCUCUUGAAAUACUCUACUCUUCACAUUACCUGCACAGUAUAUCUUGUUAAAUGAUUAUCAUUGGCCUAACACAUUUUUUUAAAUAUUCAUAAGGUUUGUUUUAACAGUCAGUUAAUUUUUAGAUGUAGUUUUCAUUUCACAAAAGUGUCAAUUUGUGACUGCCUGGUCUGGACUGCACUCUGGCUAAUAGUUCUGAGUUUGAACCCCCUGCCCUCCUACUGGGAUGUGAAGAAAUGUCCUAAACAAACAACAAACUAGUCACAUAUUUAAGUCUGUUAUUGAUUGAAUCAUGACUGGGCUGUGUCCUUUUUUUUUUAGUCUAAGAAAUAUUGAUUGCCUGAUCAUUUUUCUUCUAUAAAGAACAAAUUGACUAUGUUGUGUGUGGUAUUUUGUAAUGCCACAUUUUGUCACUGAUUAUUUGUUCACCCAGAAGCUACUUAUGCUUUGUCUAUUAUUUAUGUGUCUGUCAGAAGGUGAGAACACACUUCCUAUUGCAGAGCAGUCUCACAUUAGUGACUUACUGCUGAUGGUUAUAUUAGUGGAAAGUUUCACUCAGUUUAUUAAUUCCCCCUUUCAAAGCUUGUGGUCGAUAGGGAAGAUGAUGUAAAGUUCAUCUGUUUCUAUGGCCAACAGUUUACGAGGGUUGGACAGCACAUUGACCAACUUCCUUUACUUCCCCCAACUCACAUCAGGUACCCAUUACAGUUUGUUUGACCCAGGAAUGUCUUGAAACUCUAAGUCCUUCCCUCAGCUCAGACACCAAGUGCUCAGCCACCAUGCCCCCCCUGUCACUGAAAGGAUUUUGUUUAGUUCUAACAUCUGCACGUUUCUGAUGUGCUAGUUAUGUGUCUCCCCCCCCCCCCCCCCCCCCCCAUACAUUCCUCCUCUUACCAAACAUGCCAGCUACCCAACUCCUUGCCAUCUGUUUCUACCUGCUUGACACUUUUACUUCUAAAUGUUGGAACAAAAGAUUUCUAAGUGAAGAUCAUUGAACCAGUAACUAACAUAAGGGCUGGACUGAGAGUCCACUGUUUACUGCUUUUACUAUGAUGCUCAAGUUUCAAAGAUCUCAGCAAAACUCAAUAAAAAUGAACAUAAUAAAACAAACAAUAAUAAUAGUUGCUUUAAGUAUUGAUUGCUAAACUACUGUCAAGAAAGAACUGCAAAUAUUUGAGUUGAUAUAACAAUUAACUUACUGACUUCAUGUACAAACAUUUCUCCUUUUUUUUUUAAUAGCAUCCUGACUUGUAUAAAUGUCAAUAAUCAACCCAUAUUGUCUUAGAACAUUGCAUAGUUCAUAAUGUAUUCUUCACAACCUUAUUAUCAUUUAGUUUAGAAAUAAUUUAAAAAAUAAUGAAACCAAUUAAAAUUUGGCAGUUUUGGAUCUUCUGCUCAGUCCUAGAAAUGUUUGUUUUCUUCCCUUUUAUGUUGUCAUGGAAAUAAGACAUAUGAACUCUUGCAUCCAAAUAUGACAAGGAAGCAUUUGUUUAGACUGGCACUGGAGAGAUUGCCUUUCAAACCUUUCACAUUCAUUGACUGGCUAUAUUUGAGGAAACUCUCCAGAAAUUUGGUCCUGUUCCUCAAUUAAUGUGUUCCCCCCCCCCCAACCCACCUACAUUACUAUUCAGCUUAUAACCAAUUUUGAUAGGUAAACUAGUGUUAAAAAAUGUAAACAAUAAGUCAAGUCUUGUUUAUAUAUUUCUAGUCUGAUGGCUGCCUGGAUAUUAGGUAUGUGCUCUAGACUGUCUCCUUGAUGGUCCCAGGUUCAACACCCUUCCAGUCGCCAUUUCCCCCUAUCCUGCAGGAGGUUUGUGCUAGGACAUAAUACUCUUCAAUUCUAAAGGAACAUUCAAAACAUGUGAAACAAAAACUCUUCUUUGUUAUUGUUCUGAAUUUUUCACUCACUGUGGCUGCUGCUCAUGACUUGGCUUUGUUUUGUUCAAACCAAAUGUCUUCACUAUGACAAAGACCUCAUUCAAAUAUUGUUUCACUAUGACUAUAUUCACUAUGUAUAAAUAUGAUAACAUUUGUCUGACUCCACUAUAAUUAUAAUUGUUCUCAUUGUAAAUAUGAAUGUUUUCAUUAUUAAUAUGUUUGACUGCAUUAUAACGAUGACUAACUUUACUAUUGUGAUAAAAAGACACUUUCCUUUUUUAGUCUUAAAAAUUUGAUCUUUUUUUUUAAUGAAACUUACACUAUUGUUGUUUUUUUUGUCAACUAAAGAUCUGUAACUCAGUCACAAUUGUUCACAUCUAGAAACUAUUCAAGGUCCUUUGAUUAGUUAGUGUACACACUCCUUCCCAACUGUUUUUUAGUUCUGCACCAUUGGCAAUUUUAUGUGGAUUUUGUCAUGUAUAAUUUUAUAACAGCAUUAAUGAUAAUUUAUUUUUAAUUCAACUUGUUUCACUUGCCUCUUUGUACCUUCCACACUCUAAAGAGUUUAUGAACACAAAGAUAUGGGUGAACCUCUCCCCUGGAACUACAGCAACCGUAUUGAAAAAGAACUUUUCUAGAGCUGAAAUAAAGGAAUAACAAAAAGAGAGGCUUAUCGUUGAAAACUAAAAGGUUUACUAAUUGGUCGUGUUUUAUAUCAUGAUUGAAUAGUAUAAUUCAUUGUGUGAAUCAUAAUUUCUAUUGUUAAUUAUGUGAAGGAUUAUUAUCCGAGCUGUGGGAGUAACUUGUACAUCCCAGUGGUAACUUGUAUUGUAGAACUGUAAGAAGAUGUAUUGUACAUAUUGGAGUGAGACUUAACCCCAGUUAGUAUAGACUUAGACUGUAGAACAUUGUGGGUUGAUACAAACUGAUUGUCUCCUCCUUGACACUUGCUCUAACACUUCAUCUGCAAAAACCAACAAUAGCUCAUUCAGUUAUUUAUUGAUUCAUUUGAUUGGUCCUAACCAAAUGUUCUAUGGAAUUGUGGGUAAAACUGUGUAGCCGCAACAUGACAAGUAGCUGUGUACAUUUGUGCUGUUUGUGCAUGUUGCUGUCAGCAUUCUCAACUCUACUGCUCUUUUAUUUAUUCUCUUUGUUACCCCGAGCUUGUUCAAGAAAUAUAUGCAGUUGUCCUCUCCUGAACUCUGCACUUGUUUUAUUUUCUGUUGUUUUUGUUUUUUACAAACUGUUUUGUUUCUGGUCUAUGAAAACAACCACCAAAUGAUAAUAAAGUCUGAUGUAAUAAAUAUGUG